GCCGCCCACCCAUCCGGGGCGAAGCGCGCGGGGGAAGCAGGCUGGGCCGGGGGCUGCCAGCCUCAACCCCCAAGGUGACUCCUCGGCCCCCAGCCCGGACCCAAGAUGAUGAAGAGGCAGCUGCACCGCAUGCGGCAGCUGGCCCACACGGGCAGCUCGGGACGCACCCCGGAGACUGCCGAGUUCUUGGGUGAGGACCUGCUGCAGGUAGAGCAACGGCUGGAGCCCGCUAAGCGAGCAGCCCACAAUGUUCACAAACGGCUGCAGGCCUGUCUGCAAGGCCAAAGCGGGGCUGACAUGGACAAGCGGGUGAAGAAACUUCCUCUCAUGGCUCUUUCUACCACGAUGGCUGAGAGCUUCAAGGAACUGGAUCCCGAUUCCAGCAUGGGGAAGGCCUUGGAGAUGAGCUGUGCCAUCCAGAACCAGCUGGCCCGAAUCCUAGCCGAGUUUGAGAUGACCCUGGAGAGGGAUGUCCUGCAGCCGCUCAGCAGGCUGAGCGAGGAGGAGCUGCCUGCCAUCCUGAAACACAAGAAGAGCCUUCAGAAGCUGGUGUCUGACUGGAACACCCUCAAAAGCAGGCUCAGCCAGGCAGCCAAGAACUCAGGAAGCAGCCAAGGCCUGGGUGGUGGCUCAGGCAGUCACGCCCACAACACCACUGCCAACAAGGUAGAGAUGCUGAAGGAGGAAGAGGAGGAGCUCAAGAAGAAGGUGGAACAGUGCAAGGACGAGUACCUGGCCGAUCUCUACCACUUCUCCACCAAGGAGGACUCUUACGCCAACUACUUUAUUCAUCUCAUGGAGAUUCAGGCUGAUUAUCACCGGAAGUCACUGACCUCACUCGACACGGCCCUAGCUGAGCUAAGGGACAACCACAGCCAAGCAGACCACUCCCCCUUGAUGACGGCCGCCCCCUUCUCCAGGGUAUAUGGGGUGUCCCUGAGAACCCACCUACAAGACCUAGGCCGUGACAUUGCCCUGCCCAUCGAGGCCUGCGUCCUGUUGCUGCUGUCAGAGGGCAUGCAGGAGGAGGGCCUCUUCCGGCUGGCUGCUGGGGCCUCUGUGCUGAAGCGCCUUAAGCAGACCAUGGCCUCAGAUCCCCACAGCCUAGAGGAAUUCUGCUCUGACCCCCAUGCCGUAGCAGGUGCCCUCAAGUCCUAUCUCCGGGAGCUGCCAGAGCCCCUGAUGACCUCUGACCUCUACGAUGACUGGAUGAGAGCAGCCAGCCUGAAGGAGCCAGGAGCCCGCCUGGAAGCCCUCCAUGAUGUUUGCAGCCGUCUACCCCAAGAGAACUUCAACAACCUCAGGUACCUGAUGAAGUUCCUGGCUCUGCUGGCAGAGGAGCAGGACGUGAACAAGAUGACGCCCAGCAACAUCGCCAUUGUCCUGGGACCCAACCUGCUGUGGCCUCCCGAGAAAGAAGGGGACCAGGCCCAACUGGACGCUGCGUCUGUGUCCUCCAUUCAGGUGGUGGGUGUUGUCGAGGCGCUGAUACAGAAUGCAGGCACCCUCUUCCCUGGAGAUAUCAACUUCAAUGUAUCAGGCAUCUUCUCUGGCCUGGCCCCCCAGGAGAAGGUCAGUGGCCAACAGGUCUCAGAGGAGCUGCCACCUGUUACUGUGCCUGCUCCAGCCACGAUCCCAGCUCCAGCCUUGGUGGCUGUCAAAGAAAGGACAGAGGCUGACUUGCCCAAACCAACUUCUCCCAAGGUCAGCAGGAGCCCCACCGAAACAGCUGCUUCGGCAGAGGACAUGACCCGUAAGACCAAGCGCCCAGCCCCAGCCCGGCCUACCAUGCCACCUCCCCAGCCCUCCAGCUCACGCUCAUCCCCUCCAGCUCCAUCUCUGCCCCCUGGCUCUGUCAGCCCUGGCACUCCCCAAGCUCUGCCACGCCGUCUGGUGGGCACCAGCCUCCGCGCCCCCACUGUGCCUCCCCCGUUACCCCCUGUUCCUCCACAGCCUGCCCGGCGCCAGAGCCGACGUUUACCAGGCUCCCCGUGCCCAGCCUCCCCUGUCAUCUCAAACAUGCCUGCUCAGGUGGACCAGGGAGCAGCUACAGAGGACAGAGGGGCCUCUGAGGCUGUGGGUGGGCAUCCCUCUCCCCCAGCUCUGCCACCCCAGCCCCGGCCCAGGGGCCUCAUUUCAGAGACAGAUUAAGCAGACCCUCCUGGCUGGCAGGUCCUCGGUGUCCCCUUUCCCUCCCCCUCCCCCUCCCCCCCUUGUCCUCCCACAUGGCCCUCGCCCUGUGCCUGGGUGCCUGCUGGGCCGGCCCCUACGGCCAGGAAGGCUCAGGCCAGCCUUCUCACUUCUGACCCAUUCCUCUUCUACUUUGAGCUUGGGGUUCCCACCUGACUCCCCACUCUCCGGCAGGGUCUCAAGGGAGCAACCAGAAGGAAGAACAGACUUGCCUGUUCCUA